AAAGAAAUGGCUUCCAUCACUCGCGCUCGGCCCCUGCGAUCUCCCGCUAUUUUCGCCUCUCUCUCUCUCUCUCUCUCUCUCUCUCUCUCUCUCUCUCUCUCUCCUGUUGGUGUUGGCCAUACAGGCAUCGUCGUCUCAAGCUCUCUCGUUUUCUCCAUCUGCUUUUCUUCGUGUCUCGCCUCCUCUCUCUCUGAUCUUCAUGAAUCCCUUCGCUUCUUCAGUGAAGAGCAAGCUUUGGAUCAGUUGAAUCAGUGGCGGGUCUAUGUAAUAGUUUUGCACAGCUGCAUUUAUGUUACAUGUUAUUUGGGAAACUCAGUUAGGGAGGCAAAGAGACAGCUUCAGAAUAUGAGCCUUUUUGUUUUUUUAUGAGUGAAGUUGGGAUACGGCAUUGGUCACUUCUGGCGGACUAUUUUAUUUCAUGUGAAGCAAGAAGAAUUGUGGAAUUGUUUUUAUUUUGAUUGUCAGAAAGGGAUGCAUUAAGGAUUGGGUCCUUGCCUAUUUCCGAGUUGUUAAUGGACAGUGACUCUUACUUUCCCCCAGUAAGCCCAAGGGGUGGAGUUGGGGUUUUUGGGGAAACUAUGUUUUUGCAUGGAGAACUGGAUUUGCGGAUAUUAGAAGCGAAGUCUCUUCCAAAUAUGGAUUUAGCAUCAGAAAGAAUGAGAAGAUGUUUUACUAUGUUCGGGCCCUGCACAUCUCCCUUCGGAAAGAAACAUAGAAAUAAACAUUCGGGUGGGCAUUCUAUUAUUACCAGUGACCCUUAUGUGUCUGUUUGCCUGGCAGGGGCUACUGUAGCUCAAACUAGAGUAAUUGCUAAUUCUGAGAACCCUCUGUGGGAUGAGCACUUCUCUGUGCUUGUUGCUCACCCUGUUGCAAAAGUGGAGUUUCAGGUUAAGGAUAAUGAUGUUCUUGGGGCUCAACUUAUUGGAGUGGUGGAGAUUUCUGUAGAGAAAAUAAUCUCAGGAAACACAAUUAAUGGUUGGUUCCCUAUUGUUGGUUCUUAUGGGAGUCCCUUGAAACCAUAUCCUGAGCUGCAUCUUUCUAUUCAGUUCAGGUCAGUUGGAGAAAACCCCAUGUACAAGGAUGGUGUUGGUGCUGAUCCAGACAAUUUAGGAGUGCCUAAGACAUAUUUUCCACUCCGAAAAGGAGGGAAUGUGACACUUUAUCAGGAUGCUCAUGUUCCAGAUGCAACGCUACCUGAAAUUUUACUUGAUGAUGGAAAAGUUUUUCAGCAUGGUAAAUGUUGGGAAGACAUUUGCCAUGCCAUUUUAGAAGCUCACCACCUGAUAUACAUUAUUGGUUGGUCCAUAUACCACCCUGUAAAGCUUGUGCGAGAGCCAACGAAGCCAUUACCUGCUGGAGGAGACCUUUCUUUGGGAGAUUUGUUGAAGUACAAGUCACAAGAAGGGGCUCGUGUGAUUCUUCUGAUUUGGGAUGAUAAAACUUCACAUGACAAAUUUCUUUUGAAAACGGAAGGCGUCAUGCAGACACAUGAUGAAGAAACUAAAAAAUUUUUCAGGCACUCGAGCGUCCAUUGUGUUCUCUCUCCUCGUUAUGCCAGCAAUAAGCUUAGUAUUUUCAAACAACAGGUAGUGGGAACCCUUUUUACACAUCAUCAGAAGUGCGUACUUCUUGAUAGUCAAGCUAAUGGGAAUAACCGAAAGAUAACUGCUUUUAUUGGUGGCCUGGAUUUAUGUGAUGGCAGAUAUGAUACUCCGGAGCACAGGCUCUUUAGUCAUCUUGAGAGUGUCUUUGAAAAUGAUUUUCAUAAUCCGACAUUUAAUUCCCAUGGCCGUGGCCCGAGACAACCAUGGCAUGAUCUGCACUGUAAAAUUGAAGGUCCUGCUGCCUAUGAUAUAUUGAUAAAUUUUGAACAAAGAUGGAGAAAAGCCACAAAAUGGCGUGAUUUCAGGCUUAAAAAGGUUGCACAUUGGCAUGAUGAUGCUUUAAUAAAGCUAGACCGCAUUUCAUGGAUACUUACUCCCUCAUCACGUGUUGGUGGGGAUCAUAUUGUACGUGUUGUUGAGGAAGAAGAUCCUGAGAACUGGCAUGUGCAGGUAUUCCGGUCAAUUGAUUCUGGAUCUGUUAAGGGUUUCCCGAAGGUUGUUCAGGAAGCUGUAGCUCAGCAUCUUAUAUGUGGGAAAAACUUGAAGAUAGACAAGAGCAUACAUGCUGCAUAUGUGAAAGCAAUAAGAUCAGCCCAACAUUUUAUAUAUAUAGAAAACCAGUAUUUUGUUGGGUCUUCUUAUUAUUGGCCGUCAUACAAAAAUGCAGGUGCAGAUAACUUGGUCCCUAUGGAACUAGCUUUGAAAAUUGCUAGCAAAAUCAGCACAAAUGAGCGGUUCAGUGUGUACAUAGUAAUACCAAUGUGGCCAGAGGGUGUCCCCACUAGUGCUGCUGUGCAGGAAAUUCUUUUUUGGCAGGGACAGACGAUGGCUAUGAUGUACCACAUUAUUGGAGAAGCCCUUGAAAAUGCAGGCCUUUCUAAAGAGUUUCACCCACAGGAUUAUUUGAACUUUUAUUGCCUUGGUAAACGUGAGGCUUCAUCCCCAGAAAAUUCUUCUCAAACAAAUCAGUCUUCUGAAAACCGUGCUUUGGGUUUGGCUCAAAAAUUUAGAAGAUUUAUGAUCUAUGUUCAUGCCAAAGGGAUGAUAGUUGAUGAUGAAUACGUGAUCAUGGGAUCUGCAAACAUUAAUCAGAGAUCGUUGGAUGGUUCAAGGGACACAGAAAUUGCAAUGGGUGCCUAUCAACCAAAGUACACAUGGACAGGAAAGAAGAGUCAUCCACAUGGCCAGGUGUAUGGUUAUCGGAUGUCUCUCUGGGCUGAGCACCUUGGCUUCCUCGAAGAUUCUUUCCGUGAACCGCAGACCCUAGAAUGCAUUGAGCAUGUGAACAAAAUUGCUAAAUGUAACUGGAAGACUUACGUGGCUGAGGGAAACAAGGAGAUGAGAGGUCACUUGAUGAGUUAUCCAAUUAAGGUGAGCCGAGAUGGAAAAGUCAGUCCACUGCCUGGUCAUGAAUAUUUUCCAGAUGUUGGUGGGAAAGUUCUUGGAGCAUCUACCAAUCUUCCUGAUGCUCUAACCACAUGAUAAUUAUCACUGAAGCUCGGAAAUAAAGUGGACAAAUUUUAAAUUGCACUUGGUUACAAUCCCGGUGUUUUAUGAGGGAAACCAAAGGGCGGCAACCCCAAGGUGGUUCUGACGCAGGAAGCAGCUAUUAAAGAGUAGAGAAACUGGAACAUUCUAAUAUUGCAGGUAUGGUUCCAAAAGGAUGCCAAGCUUAAUGUCAGCUGAAAUAUUUCAGAACUGUUUAGCUGCUCCAUUGCUUUUAUACACCAUCUACUGAACUGAAGUGACCCAGUGUUAAUGGGGGCGGCUCUGGCGUGAGGUUUAAUGUCUACACCUGUAUAUUAUUACUCUUUGAUUCAGAAUAAAAUUUUAUGAAAGUUUGUACUAGUUGCACCAUUGAUACUACUGCAAGAAUUUGAAGUUCAGUUAGUGUGAAAUCUUCAUCAUCCAAUUGGAUUAUUGUAAUAUUUGGAGCAAGCAUGUUGAGUAUUUAAUGAGUUGGGAGGCUUGAACGCA